GUGCCCAAAGGUUCAUUGAAUGGAGCAUGUUUACCUCAACAUGAUUGUAGUUUGUUUUUCGAGCUUUGUGUCCCGUUGGUUACCCACUAGAAUGCCAGUUUUCUUCUAAUCUAACUAAACGACCCGAAGAACUUGAAACCGCCGCGAGAAUGGAUUUGCUCAAGACGGAAGCGUGUCAGGAAAUAGAUAAACAUGCACAGGACCUCGGCAGUCUGGCCACCAAAAUCUGGAACCUAGCAGAGCCUGGGGGUAAGGAAGUGAAGAGUGCCGAAGCAAUUAUCGGAUUCCUCGUGGCCCACGAGUUUGUUGUGACGAAGAACUACCGCGGGAUGCCCACGGCGUUCCGGGCGGAAUUCGGCGAGAGCGAGUAUGGCGGCCGGAAGCGGCCCAACGUCUGCUUUGUGUGCAGGUAUGACGCCAACAAGAAGAAAGGUCACGUGAACGGAAACAACCUCGGUACGCAGGUGGCUGUGGCCGCUGCCCUUGGUCUCAAGGCCGUCAUCCGAGCGUCGUCUGCUGGCAUUGGGAAGGUGACCCUGCUGGGCUGCCCCAACUCUGCCAAGGGCUGGCUCAUCAAGAUGCUCAACCGGAAGGCGUUUCUCGACAUCGACGUCGUCUUGUCUGCGGCACCCGGCGACCGGACCGAGUGGAACCCGACAUACGUCGCCUCGAAGACAUACCGAGCCACGUACACAGGUUCCCUGGGGAACAUGGAGGGUGACAACAUCAUCCCGGGAACCUCGGCGCUAGACGGCGCUGUGUACGCUUACUCCAACAUCCUGGCAAUGAAGGAACACUUUGGGCCGGGUUGGCAGGCAGAAGGCGUCAUCUCGAGGGGUGGCCACAGCAUGUACGUGGUCCCCACCCAGUGCGAGACCACGGUCAAGAUCACUGGACCCACCGACAGGGACCUGGCCCUGCUGGAGAGGCGGGUACUUCCGUGUUUUGAUGCGGCUGCGCAGUCGAGCGGAUGUGAGCUGGAGCUCGUCCUGGGCGACAAGAGCUACCGCGGGAUGAUCAACAACACGACCCUGGUCUACAUGAUGCAGAUCAACGCCUACUACUGCGGCAUCCUGGCCACGCCCCUCAAGAAGAAGAAAAUCAUGAGUUCCGUCGACAUCGCCAACGUCAGCCGGAUUUUGCCGGCCGUCCGGCCCAUCUUCUACAUCGGCACUGACGCUGAGAUUGGAACAGAUGAGUUCAAGAUGGCCGCCAACACAGAGAACGCCCACUGGUACGCUAACAGUAUGGGCAAGACCCUGGCCCUGACGGCCAUUGACUUCCUGCAGACGCCGCUGACCAUGUUCAACUGCAAGCAGGACCUGGUGAACCGGCUCAAGCAGGAGAAGGAGGAGACAACUUUCAUGAUGUUCCCGGUCAACCAGGUGGCCAACCUCUCCCUGGCCACAGCACUUCCGGCAGACUCCAACACCGGCUGGUCGAGGUUAAUGUGAGGUUUGAGCAGGAACCAAUUACAACAGAUUGAAAGCCUCUGCCAAGUUAUCGCCCCUGUCUCUAUAAAGUGUACUGUCUGCACCGGAAGUAAUUAAAUCUAUGAUUG